AAUCCAAGAUCCUGCGUGCGCUUGGCCGACGAACCACUAACACUGACACCACCACCCACACUUCACCCCGCAGGCACGGAGCCCCGAACGCUCCUCAUGUUACAUGACCCGGCCGAGAUCGCGGAGACGGCUACGGUAACGUCAGCGUUUGUCCACCGUUCGGCCGUCCACCCAGAUGACAAGAUGUUGAUGCCAGGAACCGUAGCGGGGUAACGCCUGAAAUGCCGCAAUCUCGAUACUGCAUGGUCGGCUGUCCAUCACUCUUCACCGGCCCACCUGUGGAUACACAUGGUUCUGCACACGAGCCGAUAUUUCUUCCCUCGGGUAGGAGAUUAUUGCAGGUUCCGUGCCUUAUUGCUAUUGAGCCUUGUGGCUCCUAAACUCUCUGGCUGCAUAUCCGUAGUCCCUCAGUCAUCACAAACCACAAAUGUUAUUUGGGAAGCCCUAGACUUUAGCGUAGCGCUGCAAAACCCAGCAGCAGGAUUGGCAACCCAUAACUCCUCAAUCGCGAAGGACCUUGGGUUGCGGGCAUGCCCUCACAGGAGCUACUCGCAGAGCCUGCUUUCGAAUGCCCGAGAAGGCAUCUGGUUUCAACAGUUAUUACCAAUCAUUCUUGGUUAUUCUCGACAUACAGGUAUAGCGAAAAGGAGAGAUGACUUGCUUAGCAACUUCAGGGCCUAUACGCACUACUUGGCGCUAAAGCCGAAUUAUUCUGGAUAGGUACGUAAUGUCUUCAACGCCGUGUUCGCUUCAAGCGAAUGACUCGGCGCCAACCGAUCUGAGAGCUUCGGACCGGGCUCGCCCAGGAUGAAGCCUUGACGC